CACACACUAGUCUUAAAAUCGGUUACUAAAUUCACAGAUUCUUACUUGGAUCACCAUUUUUCUUUAUUUUAAAAGGCAAAGUGAGACUAAAAACAAAUUGAAUCGUUUACAAUGAGUGAGAAGAACAAAAAGAGCAAUGGCGAGCAGCAUAAGGAGGAGGAUGGAAGCGAGAGCAAGAAGAAAGAGAGCGGAGGAAACGCCACCGUCGUGCUCAAGACCGACCUGCAUUGCCAAGGCUGCACUUCCAAGAUUUUGAAGUGUAUUCGCACUUUCGAAGGUGUGGAGACGGCUGAUAUCGCCAACGGACAGAUCACCGUCGUAGGGAAGAUGGAACCAGCUAAGCUCCGGGAAAGGGUGGAGAAGAAGACUCUCAAGAAGGUUGAAGUGGUUACUCCCAAGGCCAAAAAAGGGGACGACAAAGACAAAGACAAAGACAAGGCCAGGAAUGGCGAGAAGAAGAAGGAAGACAAUGCCGAGAAGAAGAAGGAACCACCACAAGAUAAAAACAACGCCAAUAAAUCCGAUGAGAAAAAGUCCAAGGACAAAGAGCCUUCUGUAACAACGACGCAGUUGACGGUGCACUUACAUUGCGAGGGCUGCAUCCAGAAAAUCCAAAAAAUCAUAAUGAAGACCAAAGGUUACAAAGACAUGAAGAUCGACAAGCAGAAGGAGAUUGUGACAGUCACCGGAGUAGUAGACAUGAAGGCGUUAGCCGAGGCGCUGAAGAAGAAUUUGAAGAGGGAUGUGCAAGUCGUGCCGGCCAAGAAGGAGAAUCCUGGGGGCGAGAAAGGGAAAGGUGGCGGCGACAAGGGAAAGAGUGGAGGUGGAGAUGGCGGAGGGAAGGCAGGCGGCGGGGAUAAUAACAAAAUGCAAGUCCAAGUCUUGAACCAAUAUCCGUACCCGUAUCCAUACCCGAUAGUAUACGAGUCGGGUCAGUUCAACUACAACACUUAUGCAUACGGACCCAGCCAUGCCCCGCAGCUUUUUAGCGAUGAGAAUCCUAAUGCAUGUAGUCUUAUGUGAAUUAAU